CGCGCCUGAGGCAUGCAUUCAGUUUUCCGUAGUCAGUCCUGAUUUUAGGCGGUCUCGAGGCAUUUGCCUCUCGAGAUAUACCAGCAGCGCUCAAGGCUCCCCCCACGUUGAGCACAACGGUGGAGUGAUCAGUGAUCCCAAAAUGCAAUACUCUCGCGUCGCCACCAUCCCCCCAUCUGGGAGAGCAACGACAGUAAACAUGAUCCAGACAAGUUGAUGCCGCUCCAAAGAUUCUCGUGGGCUCAUUCACAAGCGACCGUAGUCCGUGUUCCGCCAACAGACUCUCAUAUUCACUUGAAGAUGAUGGGCUAAUUGUAUUGAUGUUUAUGUCUCCCAUGAGAUAUAAAUUAGUCGCCUGCAGCAAAUCGAGAGCAGAGCCCAGCUCUCGAAGGAAAAGUUGUACCGAAUAUCGGUGAAGUCUGUAGAUGCAUAGAAAGACGAAGCGAGUCUCUCCAAUUGUCACACCCACGCAUACAACAUCAGCAGUUGUAAAAGUCAACAUAAUCUGGUCGGUGAUCAGAUUGUCUCUCACAUACAGCAUCACACCUCCAGCCCGGCGAUCGUUAUUCAAGCGGUGGUAAAGAUUGUAGUGCUCCAGCUGAUACAACUGCAAGCUGUCGUCCUUGAUCCAUACCUCUGUGAGACAGAUAAUAUGUGGUGCGUCCUCGAGGCCGCCAGACGAAGCUGAGGAAGAGGCGGGAGCAGCCAAAAAUUCCUCAAUUCUCUGAUCUUUUUGGGGCCCGAAAAAGCCACUCCCUCGCAAAAAUUCCCUUUGGCCACAGUUCACCUCUGAGCAGUUUAUCCUUCAAGUCAGAAGGCGCCACGAUCCGAUAGGACACAUACCCAGGCGACUGGCCAUCAGUGCCCGCUUUGGGACGUAUUCUAUGUAACUUUUUGGCGGUACAUCCAAUUGAGCGCAAAUAAUCUUGCAGCUCCUUAUCAGUAGUAUCAGGUGCCAGUCCAGUAAUGAAAAUGUUACAUACACCAGCACCGUCCUCACGGUUGCCAACGCGCAAAGCUGGACGCAAUUGCGCAGCCGCACCAGAACCAGCACCUGUACCAGUACCAGCAACGAGCGGCCGAUGCAGGUUGUCACGCCCUCGACGCCCAGAGCCCCCACCGCGCCGAGCCGGCUGGAGUGCCGUGCUCUCACUGUUCCCGUCAUGUGAGCCCAGCAAUGGCCGCCCAUCUGAAGCCCCAAGCAAGUCUUCACCGCCAGCAGGGGCUUGAUCGCAUAUGGCGCCAUCACCAAAGCGCACCCCAGGCUGCCGUCCAGGCCCGUUACCCGACGCGGCCUCCCGAUCGUCCGCAACCGUCCCCGCGCCGGACGAGCGCCGAUCAUUACCCAUCGACUCCAGAGACGGGGCGCCGCAGGAGCCCACACCCGAUGGGGGACCACUCUCCAAGUGCUUCAGCCCACUCAAACCUCCGUCUCUCACCGGAGAGGAACAUUUCUCCGGUUGCAGUAUUGACUGCUCCGGACUCGCACUUCCCCCGGGUGUCACCUGCACUCCAGAGGUGUCUGCAUUGUUCCGGUUCGAGGUCACAAACAUCAUAGACUCAGAGGCUCCCGCCGUUCCCCUCCGGGACUGCGCCAAAGAGGGGCGACCAGGCGUCAGACUCCAACAGGCAAUGGCCUCCAGCCGGAACUCAAGAGCUCGUAAAUCUGUCCCGAGACCACGCAGCUCCGAGACCUCGCCCCUCAAUCUCUCAUUCUCCACCUUCAAUGCCCUGCAGAGGCUUUCCAGUCUAUCAAGUCUGUUAAAAGCAGCCCCGAGCGUCAUGUCAUCAUCAUUGAAACCAGAAGCAGCAGACACGUUCAGGUCAGAUCCCUGAACAGCGGGAAGCUCCUGCUCACCGCAUGUGUCGCAUCUCCAUCUCGCUCCGUCAACCAUGAAUCUCUCAAUUUCAGCUUUGUCAAUCUUUGGGUUUAUGCAGCCGCCAUGAUACCACCGAUCACACAUGGAACAGCAUACCCCCGGGCGGUGGCGAUGGUUUAAGGAACCACCACAUAUCACACAUAGUCGAGCAGACAUUCUAACGAAGAGUGUCGAUCGUCAGUCCUCAGCGAUAAAAAACUUGUGGAGCUCCAGGAAAUUUUUCUCUCAGUGAUAAUAACCGAAAUAAUUCGAUGUAGAUGACCGUCGACGCUAUGACUCAACAGAUGGCGCUGAACGCAGUAAAAUGCAGUUGUGACGAUAGGCCACACGUCAAAACAACCAUAAAUAACAUAAAUACAUAAAGUGCGGGUGCAGCAGCAGUGUUGGAGCUGAUCUGAUGUUGCUGUAAUUGUCGUGGGCGCUAGCUUAUUCAACAAUUGAACAACAGAGCAGAUCAGGGUGAUUGCAGAACGAUGAAUUGAUGGAUUGUUUUCAUGGGAGAAAUACGUCACUCGAUCCCGCAGCCGCUACCUCUGGUCCAGGUGGAAUUUUUGCUUUUAUAAUGUCCUUACUAGAGCCACAGCAGGUUGCAACGACAAUCGUCUAAGCUGUGGAUCCCCCAGGACUCUGUAAGAAGUGCCAAUUUGGCUCAGACAAGGAAGGAUCCUUUAGAAAAGUCAGAAAUUUGCGGAGCGAAAUCGAUUGCGUCGAAUGACACUUACUGGCACACA